CCUGGUAACGGGGGAGGCCAGAAGAGGAGGAGGAGGAGGAGGAGGAGGAGGAGGAGGGACUCGGCGGGAGGAUGGGCUUACUCUCAAUUCUGCGCAAAUUGAAAAGUGCCCCGGACCAGGAGGUGAGAAUCCUUCUCCUGGGCUUGGAUAAUGCUGGCAAGACUACUCUCCUGAAGCAGCUUGCGUCUGAAGACAUCAGCCACAUCACGCCUACACAGGGUUUUAACAUCAAAAGUGUACAGUCACAAGGUUUUAAACUGAAUGUAUGGGAUAUUGGCGGACAGAGGAAAAUCAGACCAUACUGGAGGAAUUAUUUUGAAAACACCGACAUUCUCAUAUACGUAAUUGACAGUGCAGACAGAAAAAGAUUUGAAGAGACGGGUCAGGAACUAGCCGAACUGCUGGAGGAAGAGAAGCUAAGUUGUGUGCCAGUGCUCAUCUUCGCUAAUAAACAGGAUUUGCUCACGGCGGCCCCCGCCUCUGAAAUCGCAGAAGGCCUGAACCUGCACACCAUCCGCGACCGCGUCUGGCAGAUCCAGUCUUGCUCAGCUCUCACCGGAGAGGGCGUCCAGCCCCAUCCCGCCCCCUGUGGCCAUGACGGGAAGACAGAACUCGAAGCUAGAAAGGGGAUACCCCUCUUCCCCUCCUCCCACCCGCGAGGAGCCUCAGUGAGGCUUCAGCUCUGCGCACGGCUGCGUCUGAAUGUGCAGGGGAGAGGCUGGGGCCAGAGGGCAGGCCAGGCCUGGGACGGGGCGUGAUGUGUGCUCUAACCAGUUGUGGGAAAAACUCGAGUUCUCCCCUCCUCCCAACCUACCCGUGCAGCCGCUUUUGGCUGGAUUCCCCGCGCCCCGGCGCGAUACACCCUUUCCCCUUCACCCUCCCUUGGUUACUAUGGAAACAAGGGUGUCAUUGAUGUGGGCUGAGCUGGGGAACAUGUCGGCGCACAGCUGAAAGUCAGCGAUUAUGCCGGCGGUGAGACUGUGCCAGGG